AUGAUUGACGAGUCGAUGCGAGUCGUUUUAGAGAUGAUCGACGCUCUGAUGAAAAAAAGAGAUGCUAUGUCUGGCGCGACUGAGACUUUACCUCCCCUUAUGUCAAAUCUCAAGAUAGAGGAGAAAACAGACGACCCUCCUGGACGACGGCAGGAGGAGGAGGAGAAGGAGGGAGAGCAGGAUUCGAGCGAGUAUGCCGAUUCUGUUCUUGGUUUUCUUCAUGAACCUACUGUAGAGUUUGUGAAUGAAGCAUGCGACACGGAGGAGGAUCGUCAUAGGGCUAUGAAGUCCAUCUGCAGAUUGUUUGCAAGUCUUCAAUCGGGGGCUCCUCGUAAUCGUGAGGAAUUCGAGGCAUCCAUCCCUGAGAAUCCUGACGACUGGACACAAGAGAUGUUGGAGUAUCUGUACGAAAAGGAACAGGAGGAUAUGAGGAAUUUCGCAGAGCAGCAGUUGGCUUUGCAGAAGAAGAAGCGGAUACAGAAGCGAUUGGACAAAACAUUUCGAAGAAGACGGAAAAUUGCGAAGAAGACAAGUAAAAGAGAGAGAGAGAGCUCAAGUGGCUUGGCUUGA